UUUACACAUUGCGCAUGCGCAAGUUAGCCGCGUGUAGCUAGUAAACUAGCAUUAGCGCCAGCAAAGUUCAGUGCUUGAAUUUUCACUCACAAGAUGGCAACGGAGGCAAAGCGAUUAAAGGUAGAUGAUACCUCAGAGCUGAGCCCCCUGCAGAACUUCCUACAGUGGUGCAACAGGGUCGGUCUGGUACUCAGCACUAAGGUGUGUGUGAGUAAAGACGGGACGGUGGCAGAGUACGGGAUGCUGGCUAAGGACGACAUAGAAGAGGGCGAGGUUCUGUUCACCAUCCCCAGAUCAGCUCUUCUCCACCAGGGGACCACUAAAGUUUCUGCGUUGCUGGAAAAAGAGAAGUCCUCUCUGGAGAGCUCUUCAGGCUGGGUCCCCCUGCUCCUGGCUCUGCUGUAUGAGUACACAUCCUCACAGUCCCACUGGAAACCCUACCUCUCCCUGUGGACCGACUUUAAGACUCUGGAUCAUCCCAUGUUCUGGUUGAAAGAGGAGAGAGACAGACUGCUGAAGGGAACGGGGAUCCCAGAGGCGGUGGACACAGACUUGUCUAACAUCCAGAAGGAAUACACAGAUGUGGCCCUGCCUUUCAUGGUCAAACAUCCAGACCUCUGGAACUCAAACACGCACACACUGGAGCUCUACAUGAAGCUGGUAGCCUUUGUCAUGGCCUACAGUUUCCAGGAGCCACAGGAAGAGGAGGACGAAGAUGAGGAGGAAGAGGAGAAGACACCAAACCCGCCGAUGAUGGUUCCCAUGGCCGACAUGCUAAACCACGUGUCCAAUCACAACGCUAAUCUGGAGUUCACACCGGAAUGUCUGAAGAUGGUUUGCGUGCGUCCCAUCCGUAAAGGCGAGGAGGUUUUUAACACCUACGGGCAGAUGGCUAACUGGCAGCUGCUCCACAUGUACGGCUUCACGGAGCCGUAUCCGAGCAACAGCAACGACACAGCCGACAUCCACAUCAACAACCUCUACAAAGCCGCCACGCAAGGUACUCGGUCUGAUCUGGACCGGCAGCUGAUGGAGGAGCAGUGGGAGAUGCUGCGUGAGAUAAUGCAGGAGAGAACAGCUUUCGUCUUCAGCAAACAAGGCUGCCUCACGGACACGGAGCUGCACACCGCGCUGAAGUUUCUGUGCAUGUCAAAAGAGGAAUUCUCGGAAUUUAAAGACAACGAAGGAUGGGAGGACGACGAGGAGGAGGACGAAGAGAAGAUAUCCCUGGCUUUCUCCAACGAGGGUCUUCCUGAGUUAAAGGCUCCCUGGAAAAUACUGAUUCACGAAGCCGCCCGUCUGACGCUCAGGUCUUACGCAGAGGAGGAGGAGGAGCAGGGGAAGGUGGAGGAGAAGGUUUUGGAGGGCGACGGCGCGUUGAUAGAAGACAAGGCAGCUCUUGCAGGACUGAGCCGCAGGCAGCAGAACGCGCUGCAGGUACGAUACGGACAGAAGACCAUCCUGCACAGAGUGAUGGAGCUCACCAAGUCGUGAGUUCAGCUCAGGGAAUUUUAUAACGCCAGUGUGCAACGUCUUUCACCCAAACGGUCAAUAAAAUGUUUUUUUGUUGAAAAUGUGUUUGUGUUCAAAGUGCACGCGGGGUUUAACAAGUGUGUAAAAUGAAUCGUAGCGUAGUCAAACAGGUGUCAAACACACGGCCCCCAGCAUGAAUUCGCAAAGUGUGUCAAUUGCAUAGUAGACUAUUUUUUUUUAAAUCAAAAUAAUGGCAACAUCUCUAAUUUGUCGACUGUUUUAGGAUGGUCUAGUAAAUUUAACCAUCUCCUAAUUUCCUUGUUCUUCUUUGCACUAAAACUAAUUGGAAAAUAAUCUAUAGUGGUUGUUACUUAGAGGUUAUAUAGAGGGGUAUGAAUGUGACAUCACAGCAAGCAGAAGUCUCCAUGGUUACAGCCAAUGAGUGGCAAAAAGUGAGCAUGGAGAUUAGCAGCAUUAGUUUGAAUCAUAGGCUUUCAUAGUGUCUAAAUUGCAAAAAUAAUUUAAAAAAUGGGGAAGAGCUGUUGUGCGAUUGACUGAAUCAACAGAUUUGAAAAGCAGUCAGAUAUAUUUUUACAGAUAUCCACAUGGGCUGUAUGUGGCCUCUGGCGUAGUCUACAACUAGAAAUAGUCAAAGUGUACAUUCAUGGCAAAACUUUAUUAAAAAGGUCUUUCUGUACUGCAAAUUAAGUGGUAUUGCCCAUUUUUCCCCCUGAAUACACUUAACUUUCGGUAUCUGACAGUUAUUUACAAUUUACUGAAUGAUGUGUGCCUAAUAAUCUUCGCGCAAGUGAAAUGACCAUAUCACCACCACAGUGGCUGUAAAGUGACUUUGAGAAACCGUUGGAAUUUUACUGUGACGUAAUUUUAUGUGACACAUUUUAGAGUUUUAAGAAUCCAUCUCUUGUCCCAAUCACUUCCUGGAUCUUUUAUUUUUGGUAAUAAAAAUAAAGGUAGUAAACAUGUGA